AUGUUACUUCUCCUCUGCUGGCUUCUGGCUUUCAUGCUCUGUGCCGUAGAGGUGGAGGUGGUCGAUGUCAUGACAGAGGAGGACCUGCGUACCAUGUCUACGAAUCUCAACGGGUUUUACCGUCUAAAAAAUGACAUAGUCCUCACGCAGCCCUGGACCCCGGUGAGCUCCUUCACAGGCGUUCUUGACGGUCAGGGAAAAAGCAUCCGCAAUAUCACGUUUGACAGCGCAGAGCUGACGGGCAACGUUGGCUUUUUUGCUCAACUGAAUAUGGCCCAAAUUUAUGAUGUGACUUUUGUCGCCAACGCAAGUAUAACCAUGGCUAACCCUAGCGGAAAGAGUGAUACGGGAGCCGGAAUUGUGGCAGGUAGCGUUAUUGACACUGUUUUCUACCUUGUUAGGGUCGAGGGGAGCUUCAGCGUAACCUCAUUGGGGAACAACAAAGACGCGAGGUUGUUUAUUGGGGGUGCUGUAGGUGACUACAAGUGCAAUACUGUUGCUGGUGCGGGCCUCUAUAGCAACGUCAACUUGACGACAACCACGAUCUUUGUGAAGUACUUUGCUGUUGGUGGAACGAUUGGGAGAGUCCAAGGAGGGUGCACUUUCACUGACUUGGCCGUUGGUAGCCAGAGCAUAGUCGACGCCACGGUCACUCAGGCAGUCACUAACUUGACUGUGGGUGGGCUUGUUGGUGUUGUCUACCAGAAUGCGGUUUUCCGGUAUUCUGUGGCCUCCGCAGCACUAGUUAAGGGCAAAGUAAUCAGCGGAAGUGCUUUUGUGGGAGGUGCUGUGGGUCUUUGUCAGGCGAUCCAGCACAUAGACAGCACAACCUCGAAUGUCUCUUGCUCGGCUACUGAGACUUCCAAGUGCUACGUUGGAGGCGUAGUUGGAGGGAUUGUCAAUCAUGACAACACUCCCACUGAGAGCGUCAGGCUGCGCUCAUUGUCAUCGUCUUCAGUGGUAUAUUGUUCGUCUGACGCCACCUCCGCUUGUCACACGGGAGGCGUCGCCGGCAUCGUGAACAGGAUGACCAUCAACGACUGUGUUUCCUAUGCGUCUCCUACGGUGGUCGGAAAAGGCCACGUUGCUGCGGGAGGACUUGUGGGGACCCUCUCGGCUGGGCGGAUUAUCGGGGGCCGUGUGUACCUCGACACAAUAGCCAUUGCAGAUACAUCGGAUACAACUGAGAUCCAUCUUGGUGGCCUUGUUGGAGAUGCGAUGCGUGGAGGAUCCGAUAGCUUCGUGUCUAUAGGCAACUCGUACGUACGAAUCCAUACUCUUAAGGUCUAUACCAAGAACUCGGCAAAGGUUGGCGGCAUUGUCGGCGCGCAUAGAACAGUUUCAAAUACUGUUAACGAGAUGGGUGGUGAGAUACACGACUGCUGCGCUGUGUUAAACAACGUCGACGUAAUGUCUGAUAAAGCCCUGAAUACCGAGCUGGAGCACGUGGUGGCUGUUGGGGGCGUUGCGGGGUCCCUGGUUUAUGUAAGCAUGCGUAACACUUACGUCACAUAUAAGACGAUCGCUGUGAAGACUCACGGAAUAACGGCGGGCAUCGGUGGCAUACAAGGCAUAAGUAUCAACUCUCGUUUGGGAACUGUCUUUGCGGUAGGAGAAAACAUCGUCUACAGCAAAGCCGUUGAAGGCAGUAGCGAUAAGGUUGGCGAUGUUUACAUCGGCGGCGGAUCUGGAUACACCAAGUUUUCCACCGUUCGCCAUACAUAUUCUGACACAAGUAGCAUUGGAGCAACUAUUACCAAUUGUAGAUAUGCAUCUAUUGGCGGGUUUACCGGGUUUUCAAACACGUCACGCCACUACCUUUCUUAUUCGAUUGCAAAUAAGAUUUCUGUCUCUCGGAAUCUAGGGUCAUACAACGUUGGCGGAUUCAUUGGCUUUACAACAGUAGGCGUGGGCACCUUCGAUAGCGAUAAGACCUGGUCGUAUGCGAAUAUACACGUUAAGUGUCAGGACGGUGUCACAUGUUUAGCAGAAGAAUCCUGUAAUGUUGGAGGAUAUGCAGGAAGGAUAUCAAACUUAAUGGAUAUUCGCUAUAGCUAUGCUGAGGGAACGCUGGCAAGUUCAGAUGCCACGUGUGGUGUCGGUCUGUUUGUUGGGGCCCAGAGCUCAAGCAUUGCCAAGCACUCUAUGGCUACUCUAUCCUUCAGUGGCACUGCUAAGUCUGGAUCUACAAUCACUUGGUACGGGGGCCUCAGUACUAGCAAGACCAGGCCUACGCCGUGCACAGGCUGCCUCUAUGCUACCGAUUUUGCAGGUGUCAUGUCCCUCGCUGAUCCUUCUCUUAGUAAUGUCUUUGAUAAAGCUUUUGCGGCUCAAGGCAUUGUGCAGAACUUCACACUGUCUGAAUUAUGCAAAGUGGACACAUAUGGACAGGAGUCUCUAGGGUCUAGUGGAUACUUCAAGUUCUCUCCCAGCAGCAACUGGUAUAUGGACGAGGGAAGGCUCCCGUUCCUUUCGCCGAUGCCUUACCGUGCUGCCAGGCUCAGUAAUGUCCAGGGUGCAGACGUGUCAAUCCAGCUCUUCAACGACUGCAACCUGGAGUUCUGUUGGAGCAGCGACGCAGCCAGCGUUGUCAAGGGCACCUGGAAGGUUGACUCUGCAUUCCGCAACCGGCCGGUCUUCGACAUAUUAAUGGAGGCCUGCACUUCUUGGUCGCUGUGCUCCAGUCGAAAAAGCACACCGGAUUCAUUCUCCUGUAAGGACAAUGCGACAGGCCAAUUUUGCAACGUCUGCACUAAAGAUUCGUUCUGCAAACAUGGCGGACAGUGCAAGAGAGGGUUGUGCUCCUGCCAAAAUGGGCUCGGAGGAUCCGACUGCAGCGUCCAGUAUUGCAGGAUGAACGAUGCGGGCAUGUGUGGCGGGCCCCUUAACACGUGUCUCAGUAUCUCUGGUGACCAGUACACCUGCAUGUGUAACAACGGAUUUACAAAGUUUGACGGCAUUUGUAUUCGUUCCCCCGCAGCCCUGUCCGCGGAGCCGAAGGAUGGUGUUCUUGUUGUUAAUAGAAUCGAAUCUCGUCGCGCAGCACCAGUCAACAUUGCAUUCACCUCUAUUUUUGCUAUUCUUCUAGUCGGUGCAGUUGCAGCACUGAUCUUCUUCCUUCUUCGUAUCUACGUCUGUAAGUCUGGCACGGGACGCAUGAAAUCGUCCUCACUCGGCAAGUCUACAAGCAACAUGUCCCUUUCCAGAUCCACCUCACACUUUGGUAACGCGUCUGCUGACAACAUAUCUCUCAUGGCAGCGUAA